AUGACCAAACCCUCGACGGUCCUAGGUGUCAAAAUUGACACGGUGCGGUUGCUUCUCCGUACGGUGAUUUUCAUUUCAAUUGCGGGUGCCGCUAUCUCCUCGCGUCUAUUUUCAGUUAUUCGUUUCGAGUCCAUCAUCCACGAGUUCGAUCCAUGGUUCAACUUUAGGGCUACCAAGUACUUGGUGUCUCAUUCCUUUUACGACUUUUUGAACUGGUUUGAUGACAGAACCUGGUACCCCUUGGGCAGAGUCACUGGUGGCACUUUGUACCCUGGGUUGAUGGUAACCUCUGGCAUUAUCUGGCACGCAUUGAGAGACUGGUUUGGAUUGCCUGUGGACAUUAGAAACAUCUGUGUCAUGCUUGCACCAGCUUUCUCGGGCAUCACUGCCAUUUUCACGUAUUAUUUCACCAAGGAGAUGAAGGACUCGAACGCGGGUCUUUUGGCUGCCAUUUUCAUGGGCAUUGCUCCUGGUUACAUUUCCCGUUCCGUGGCUGGUUCCUAUGAUAAUGAAGCCAUUGCAAUCACGUUGCUUAUGGCCACUUUUUACUUGUGGAUCAAGGCCAUGAAGGUGGGCUCCAUCUUCUACGGUACUUUGACCGCUUUAUCUUACUUUUACAUGGUGUCAGCAUGGGGUGGUUACGUUUUCAUCACCAAUUUGAUCCCAUUGCACGUGUUUGUCUUGAUCUUGAUGGGCCGUUACAACCACCGCUUGUACACCGCUUACACCACAUGGUACGCGUUGGGAACUAUAGCAUCCAUGCAAAUUCCAUUCGUUGGAUUUUUGCCAAUCCGUUCCAACGAUCAUAUGGCUGCUUUGGGUGUUUUCGGUUUGUUGCAGUUGGUGGCUUUUGGUGCCUACGUGCGUUCUAACGUUCCAACCGCCCAGUUCAAGGUUUUCUUGACCGUCUCCCUUUUCCUUACCACGGUCUUGGGUAUCGCUGGUUUGACCGCCUUGACUGCUGCUGGCUGGAUCGCUCCUUGGACUGGUAGAUUCUACUCCUUGUGGGACACCAACUACGCUAAGAUUCACAUUCCUAUCAUUGCAUCUGUCUCGGAGCACCAGCCUACUGCUUGGCCUGCUUUCUUCUUCGAUACCAACAUGUUGAUCUGGUUGUUCCCAGCCGGUGUUUUCUUCUGCUUCCAGGAGUUGCGUGAUGAGCACCUUUUCAUUAUCAUUUACGGUGUCCUUGGUUCCUACUUCGCCGGUGUCAUGGUUAGAUUGAUGUUGACCUUGACUCCUGUCGUUUGUGUUUCCGCUGCUAUUGCUUUGUCCAAGUUGUUCGAUGUCUAUAUGGACUUUACUGAUAUCUUCAGCUCAGAAUCCGUGGAGGAAGAAGUCACAGACAAGAAGAAGAAGGUCAGCGCCCAGAAGAGCAAGCCGUUCCCAUUAUUCAAAUUGCUCAGUAAGGGUGUGGUUUUGGCCUCUUUUGUCUACUACCUUGUCUUCUUUGUUUUGCACUGUACCUGGGUCACUUCCAAUGCUUACUCGUCUCCUUCUGUGGUGUUGGCUUCCCGUAACCCUGACGGAUCCCAAAACAUCAUUGAUGACUACAGAGAAGCUUACUACUGGUUGAGAAUGAACACUCCAGAAGAUGCCAAGGUCAUGGCCUGGUGGGAUUACGGCUACCAGAUUGGUGGUAUGGCCGACAGAACCACAUUGGUUGACAACAACACAUGGAACAACACUCAUAUUGCCACUGUCGGUAAGGCCAUGGCAUCCAACGAAGAGGCAGCAUACGAUAUCUUGAAGAAGCAUGAUGUCGACUAUGUGCUUGUUAUCUUUGGUGGUGUCUUGGGCUACUCUGGUGACGAUAUGAACAAGUUCUUGUGGAUGGUGAGAAUCUCUGAAGGUAUAUGGCCCGAUGACAUUCACGAAAGAGACUAUUUCAGUGCCAAGGGUGAGUACAAGGUUGACGGCGACGCCUCGCCUACAAUGAAAAACUGUAUGUUGUACAAGAUGUCCUACUACAGAUUUGCUGAAUUGUUUGGCGGCAGAGACGCUCAAGAUAGAGCCCGUGGCCAGAACAUUCCUUCGGAUCCUAUCACGCUUGACACCGUUGAAGAGGCAUUUACCUCGCAAAACUGGAUUGUCAGAAUCUAUAAGGUGAAGGAUCUUGAUAACCUCGGUAGGGAGCCCAAGGCAGCAGCCGAGUUCGAGAGAGGCAGUGCCGGAUCGAACAAGAGGGUGAGAGCAGUCAAGAAGCCUGCUUUGGACUUGAGGGUUUGA